AUGAAUCUGUCCGAUUCAAAUAUCACCUUAAUUCUCAGUGCAUAUGGAUCUCCAGGACCACUCAGCUAUGGAUUUUUCUUUGUUACACUUGUGCUUUAUCUCACCACAGUAUUUUCAAAUUUAACUUUAAUGCUAGUUAUCUCUCUUGAUUCAAGACUUCAUAAGCCAAUGUACAUAUUUUUGUUCAACCUGGCAAUUAAUGGACUGAUGGGAAGUACUUCUGUCUGUCCCACCAUUCUGCAAUAUCUCCUUGAGGACCUGAGCACAAUCUCUUUUACAGGUUGCUUACUGCAAUCGUUUUUUAUAAAUGUAUAUGGAACUUGUGUGUAUGCAAUAUUAACUGCAAUGGCAUAUGACAGAUAUGUCAGCAUUUGUAAUCCGUUGCAGUAUCACAGUAUCCUGACUCCAACUAAAGUCAGACUUCUUCUUGGUGCAGUGUACAUUUUCCCUGUCUGUUCUUUAAUUGUUCAGGUGUAUCUCACCUCAAGGUUACCGAUAUGUAAGUACACAAUUAAUAAGCUUUUCUGUGUCAGUUUGGCAGUUGUCAAUCUAGCCUGUGUAAAAACUGCUCUAGACAGCAUGUAUGCCUUAGCGUUACUUUUUAUUUUUGGUUUUCUCCCUCUGUUUUUAGUGAUACUGUCAUACAUCAAAAUAUUAACUGUGAGCAUCAAAGCAUCAGAGAGUGCUCAAAUGAAAGCACUCAAAACAUGUGCACCUCAUUUGAUCACUUUUAUAAACUUCUCUUUAGCCACUCUUUCCUCUGUUAUAUACACUAGCUUCAAUGACUAUCUCUCAAAUGAAAUGAGUAUAUUACUUUCAAUUUAUUUUAUUUUGGUACCACCACUUCUGCAUCCACUUAUAUAUGGAAUGAGAACUGAUGAGAUCAAAAGAAGCAUUGUAAACAUUCUGAGAAGAAAAGUCUUUGCUCUAAGCUUUUUGGAGUAG